AUGACAACAGAAGAUAAAGGCAUUCAGCAAUCAGUGGAGUCUCAUGCCUUGACAGAGGAGAUUGUCACGGCGACGCGACAAUGGGAUAUAAGUAAGGCUAUCGAUACGGCUCUUGCGGAUUUCGCAGCGGACGCCCUACGCCCUCUGACUACUGAGCCUCCAAAUCGACCAGAGACAUCCGGGACCUACUUUCCUUUCCGGCCUUUAGAGAAGAUAGCUGCGGCAGAGAAUGUUAUCAAAGCUUGGAUGGCGAACCGAUCGAACAUUGAAAGAGCCGGAAUAAAGCCAGAAAAGAAAGCUACAGCUCUACCACAAGGCUAUUUGUCCGCGUGGUGUCCCAUCGUCAUUAACCCAAUGCCACGUGCGGGAACAUUAAGGGGCAUCGCACCCGACAAAAAGGGGCUGGCUGUUGUUAUCGCUUUGGGGAGACUUACGCACGAGAACGGCCUCUUUUUGGGUGAAGAAAUUGAGAUGGAUAGCGGCGAAGAUGUCAUCUUCAGUGGCGGUGAAUCCAUAACAUUUCCAGGAGGCGGGGGAGGUUUGGCUAUUCUGUUAUUAUUAAAUACAUGA